AUGCCCUCCUCGUCCCAGGACAAGCCUGGCGACAAAGUCACCCCGCGACCGUACAAGUGCCCAUACCCGCUCUGCGGCCGUGCUUUCAGCAGACUCGAGCAUCAGACACGGCAUAUACGCACCCAUACUGGCGAAAAACCUUUUGCUUGCAGUUUUCCUGCAUGUGAAAAGCGCUUCUCCCGCUCAGACGAGCUUACAAGACAUUCCAGAAUACAUACCAAUCAACAAAUCUCCGCCCACAGUCAGCCAAGCGAGCCUGGUGGACUAAAGAAGGGCAAGAAACACGUACACCAUGCUGUCGAUGAACCACGUAUCAAGGAAGACGACUAUGACCAGCACCCCAUAUUCGGCAUGAGUGAUCUGGGGACAGAUGACUAUCCACAACACCAUGAACGCAGUCACGGGGUUAGAGUGAAGAAGAAGGCUCGCAGUCGCGCCAACAGCGACGACGAGGAUGAUUCCUACUACGCUCGCCCAACCUCGGUUGGUUCCUACGAUAUCCCCCAUUCCCGCCGCAGCUUCCCUUCCUCUUCGCACCACACCUCAGAAGAGCACUCUCCGCCGAACCUACGACCCCAUGCCUUGCCGACCCCCCUUCCGCAGCCUUCUUCAGCGUCAUUGACAUCACGAGAUGCUCGCCCCUUUGCAACACUUUCGCGGGCCGCUAUGGAAGAACUUGUAGCCCUAGAGAACGCCGAAGCUGCGCGGCGGGCUGAGUAUGAGGCCCGCCACGCCGAAGCACUACGCAGAGCUGAAAUGGAAAUCCGACAGGUCGAUGCGCUCCAACGCGAAUACGAUUAUCAACAGCAGUUCGGUUACACAAGUACCCGGGCAUCAUCGUCUUCACUGUCGUCCUUGCGCAGUGGUCUCAAUAUCAAGACAUCUCAGAGCGCCACGACCAGUCCAAUCAGCACUCCUUAUCAAGGCCCACGCAGCUUGCUGGACAUAUCGGACGAGAGAGAGUCUAACAUGCGCAUGGCAGUAGACGAUGAACCGAGGGAUGUUGAAGAUCGCUUGUAUCCAAGAGAAGAGAGGAGUACAAGGAGGCUCAGCGGGCCCGCUUGGCAAAUGACGCCUAUCUCAAGUGAUGCGGAUCCCCGCGAGCGCGAGCAAGGGAGCCGUCUGCGUCCUGGUAUGGGCUUGUCGUUUUCUUCAGGUCAUCUUGUCGAUCUUGCGCACGCGGCUGGCUCUGGGCCCGCUCAUCCCCAUGCAUAUGCGAAACCUCACGCGCUGUAUGCCCCAUACAAGCGCCAUCCUAGCUCUUCCUCCUCAAUACAUCACCCCCACGCACAUCAUCACUCAUCAUCAUCAUCGCAUCUAGAUGAACUCCGGCAGCAUCACGAACAUCAUCGGCCAAGUACGCACAGCAUUGGUGAACGUCCCGACCACUCUAGCGCUGCCCAAAUACGCCAUCGCCAUCAACAUCAUGACCGUCAGUACAAACCCAUCGGACUUAGCCAUGAAGAAUCGCCUUCACCAAUCAGCUCUGAUUCUGAAUCACUCAUGAUGCACACUAGUUCUAAAGUUCGCCGUGGGGCGUCAAAUUCUCACCGACACAGCACUGAUCCCCACAAGUACUAUCAAGAUGGACAUCACAGCGCCCAGGGUGUGAUACACUCGCCAACGGCGGCGCAUCCUAGUUCCAGCACCAACGCUUUCAUAACUCCUUCGACAAGCCCCUUCCUGGGGCCGUUGCGAACACUCAAUCUUCAUUCUGCAAAUCCAUCUAGGGCGCCAUCACCUAUCAUGCUUCCGCCACCCUCCCAUCAUGCUAUUCCCAAAGGCCAUCCCCUUAGUCCGAUCAGUUCUUCCAAAGACGUCGCGGUGAAACUUGAGCCAGGCAGUCCCAGUCGUUUUAACACCGCGCCGUAUGGCAGUCCGCCCAGCAGCAAUGGCUUUAGAGACUCCCAGCGCUCUAUCAAGCGGAAAGUUGUCAACGGUUUCGGAGAGAUGCCCCCUCCGUCCGGUUUUGGUUUCAGUGCCGCAGCGCUGCCAACACCCCAAUUGUCCAGUGGACCGAGUAGCGGUGGAAGUAGCCCUAAGAGUGUUACCCAUGCGUUGCCCCCUCCCCUGCCUCUACAGACCAGUGGAUUGGGUAAGGAAUUAGAGAAGGAAGUGCACAGCGGCAGCGGUACCCUCAGUGCUGUUAGUUCCCGACCUCCCUCUCCUCACUUAUUCCUCGGUGGACGCGAGCGAGAGGAUCGCAUCAGUCCUGCUGGUGGAAGCGGGAAUCACCAUCAUCUUGCUCAUUCGGUGCGAAUGGCCUUCGGUAUGACACCCAUCCAUCCCAACAGCAGUACUCGAUCUACGUACGUGUCCUCAGGCGGGUCGACUACGCCUAGCUUUGCCUUUGGUCCUGGAACCUCGAGUAAUGGUUUUGGUUUCAGCUUCGGGCGCUCGGUACCUGCCUCACGGUCUGGCUCGCCACCAAUUACAUUACCGCCGUUGAAGCUCGCAGCCAGCGCCACCUCGUCACCUACCCUCAGGUCACUCAAAUCGCUCAUGGGAACGGAUGAGAAGGUCUCUUCUGCUUCUUCCGAAUCCAAUGGAGAUGGAGAACGGGCCUCGAACAAUUCUAGUCCCCAGCGUGGCAUGGUCGGGAAAAUGGAGCUUAGUGGAGAUGAAGAGAUCGCGGAGCGGGAUCAGGAACGCAAGAAUAUUGGAAUAAGUGUUCUGGGGACCGGCGGCGAUGAAGUUGCCAAGGGUAUCGCCGAAGAGGACAACGACACGAAAACGAAAGAUCUCAACACGGUCACCAUACAAACCAUUGGCAACGUGGACGAAAUGGAAGUUACGCCCACACAGACCGUCGAGCGAGAGAAGGUCGAACUCCCCGGAUUCAGUCACUUCGAAGCUGCCGCGCAUAUGCCGAUUCCCAGCGAUAUCUCUGCUGCCCAGCACCUUCACCUUGGUUCCCAAUAA